AGCGAGUUGGGGGACGAGCUGUGGUUCAUAGAAUUUGGUCGUGGUGCAGCGCUACCAUUAACACCAGAAGAAGCUUCAACGGAUGGUGAACCAAUUUUACCUUGUGCUCAAGGACAUAUUGUUUAUGAAACUACAAAAGUGAUAUUGCCGGAGUUGUCAAACGGUUCUACAUUUCAUGCAACGCCAAACAGCAAAGAAUUGAAGGUCACAGAAAGUGCUGCAGAACAAAAAAUACUAUGGAAUAGGUCUAUGUUGAAAUCAUUAGAAGAAUGUGCAAAUAUCACUAAUAAAAAUAUAACAAAGGAUAGGAUAAUUUCAUCGGGACGUGCUGCUAGACCAGAAAACCUUGAUAUCACACCGUGGUACCAUGAGAACUUCUCUAUCCCAAACAGCUCGUCAGAAUAUAUGGUUCAUCGAAACUUCGACUCCUCAAGCUCACACGUUACUAAAGAAUUCAAACUUAAGUUAAUUUCAAAAAAGGAUAGUAGUGUUGAAACAGAUACUCCGCAAAUAGAAUCAAUCGGUGUCACGCCUAGAAAGGCUUACAUGGAUUUAGUUGAUGCAAUCGCAUUGUUAGAUGAGACUUGUCCAAAUCAAGAAUUUAAUCCGUCCGAUACAAUAAAAAUAACAGAGGCUUCUUUAUUGCCAUAUACAGAAUGUAAAAAAUUAAAAUCAAAAAAUAAGUCGAGAAAUUCUUAUAAUCACGAUCACGAUCGACUUAAUCAACGUUCAUUUAAAAGACGUCCACAGGAUAAGAAUAAAAAUCGACCAUUAAUGAAGAAAUUUGGAAAAUCGAAAACCGAGGAAAUGCCAUUUUUAAUAAAGUUGUCGCCAAAUCUUGGCACCAUUCGUAAACCUUGCUUUCAGAAAACUAGAUCAAGAAAAGUUCUCGAACAACCUACUUUAAAUAAAAUCAGUUCUUUGAAAAAAUUUAUCUUUGAUACGACGCAUGUUACAGGAAAUUCUGUUGUUAAUUUUAAAAGUAUUAGCGAAACAACAACAGAUGUUCAAACUAGGGUUGAACAAACUAAUAAUCAGCAAGAGAAACAAUUGAAAAAGUCUAAAACGAUGGAGUUACCUAUUAGAAGAUAUUCUGAUAUAGGUCAAAGUUCUUCUGUGACAAUACAUUCCUUUGAAACAGACGAUUUAGAUACAGCUUUCUCUCGAAAGACACCUCUUCGAAAUUAUCGAAGAGCUUCAUUAGAUAACAUAAUCGAUACCGGAUCUUGUUCGUCGUUAGUGAAAGAUAUGAUAACGAAUAAUUCAAAAUUUAGCAUGCAACAACGAUUCAAUAGUAUAGAUACAUUAAUAAAACACAAAGUAAUCAUAAAUGAACAAAGUGUUUCUUCUAGUAAGUAUGUAGGUUCUUCAUUCACAGAAUUAGAUAGGUGGAGUAGCUUUUCUAAGAAACAACAAGAAAUAAAAAAAUGUAUAACUCAUUCAACGAUUGAUUGUAUUUGUACAAGUUUAAAAAUUGGCGGAAGUACACCAAAUUUGAAAGAGAGCAUUUCAAACUCUCUAUUAAUAAAUACAUCAAGCAAUGUAAAAGAAUAUCAACAAAUAACCGCUCUAAAAAAACAGAAAGAAAUCAGUCGUUUAGAAGAUCAAAGAAUAGUUAGAAAUACAACCUCGAAGUGUCAAAAAUGGCAAAUUUUUUUUGAACCUUUGCAAGACACGUUAGAUAUGUUUAAUGAAUUACGCAAAGUAAGCAGUUUACUGAAUAUACCUUCUUGGGAGAAAUUUUCUAAAGUAGACAAAACGUUUGUUCAAAUACCAAAACAGAUUUUUUUAAAUAAAAAAGAAACAGUAAGACAUGAAAGUAGCGGACAGUAUAUUGCAAGUGAAAGGAGCGAACUAAGCACAAAUAGACAAAACGAAAGGAAAGAACAACUUUCGAAGUUAAUAGGAUCAGUUCAAUGUAAAAAAACAUAUUUCCCAUUAGAUCAUGUUCUUAAAGAAAAACAGCAAACAGAUUCUAAAGCAAUUUCUUUAACCACUGCAAAGGAUUUAACUUCACAGACUGAAGUAGAUUCUAAAUUCUACCUAUCGGAUAUUUUUAAUGUACCUUUAGAGAAAAGGAAUGUACAAGAACAGAAAGAGAUGGAUAUGAAAAUAAAACAAGCAACAAAGGCAAAACACAAUCAUUGUCUUGAAAUAAAGGUUGCUAAUCCUAUGUUUCAAAAAGAAAGUAGCUCUCAGAAAAUGGUACAAAUUCAGGGACGGACCAAUGAUUUUUACGAGAUUGUAUCAUCUAAAACAGUGCCGAAUUGCGCUGAAAAACAAUUGAGCAUAGUCUCUGCUGAAGAAGAUACAAAAUUAGAGAACUUUACCCUUGGUUCUAAGGUUGACUACCAGUCAGUUAUUGAGCAAAAGCGGACCAAAUGCUUUCCUUUAUAAUGCAUGUAUGUAGAUCUACUUGUAGAUAAUGUUCCAUAAUAAAAACACAUUGUGUUUGCAUUAAAAAUGUACAAUGCCAGGGACAGGAGCCUUACGUAUAUAGUGAAUCAUGUUUUAAUUAAACUGUUUCACUAUUGUUUAGCUAUACUAAUGGUAACAAAUUUAACACUUAUUUCUAAUGCUGUACAGGAUAUAACGGACAUUCGAUGUGGAUUGUAUUAUUGGUUUCUACAAUAAAUAUUACGCAGAAUUCAUAAAAUUGGACAGGAUUACAAUCCUUUUUGAUCGAGCUUUUGAUAAUAAUGGACAUAAAUAUAAUGAAUAGCAUGAUCCCUUAAACACUGUCAAAAAUGAAAGUGGUACAAUACUAAAAUAUAUACAAAAAAGUAUGUGUAAUAUAACUUGUAUCAUUUUGUCAAUGAUUUUUGAGGUGCCUUGCCUUGUAUAUAUGUUACAUGAUGUGUGCGUGCGCGCACACACACAUAUUUUUAACAAUGAAUAAUUUUUCAAAUGUAUGUAUAGAUAUAGCAAAUUGUUUAUAGUAAUAAUUGGCUUUUCAUGUGUCACUUUCAUCAAGGCAAGGAUCGGAUCAUUUUUCUAUACUGCUUAUACAAAAUAAGAACAUAUUUGUAAAAUGUUGGUCUAUAUUACACAUUAUUUCUUUUGUUAAAAACUGCAGACCAACAAAAUAUUUAAUAGUCCAAAGUUAACAAGAUUAUUAAUCAUUAUAAGGAAGGAGAAUUAGGACUUGGAUAAGAUGUGUUUAUAUAGAAUGUAGCUUAAGUGUUUAUAAAAUUGUUAGAAAAAUAUUAUUGUAACAGAAAUGAAAUAUUGUUCUGUAAAUAUAUCGAUGGAAAGUAAAUAAGAUAAUUGUUAAUAGAAAUAAGAUGGGUCAAUAUGAAUACUUGUAUAGAGAUUCUAAUAGUAACUUGUUCCUUUUUCAUUUUAUUUUUUAUUUAUAAAAUAAAACUAAAGUAUUUUAAUUACAAAGUCCAUCCAGUAAAAUAUUAGGAUUCUUUUUAAAUUUUUUACCAUAAAUCAAUGAUUUUUACUUUUUAUAUUGUCUCUUACUUAAAAAUAACUUUUACAAUUUCCUCCAAAUAUUUAUUACUUUGAAUUUGAUGCUCCUCGAACAUCGAGUGUCCAAAAGUAAUGCUACCACGGAAUAUAAAUCAUGUAAGUAUUUAAUGUUUUUCAUUUAUCAGAAAUACAUAAAUUAAGAUUUAUUUAUUCAAUCAUAUUUUUUCGUAUUCAAGUUUAUUUUUAAUAAAAUUACCUUUUUAUGAUAUCAGAUAAAGUAAAAUUAUUUUAUAUUUAAUGUAUAUUACAAGCUAUGUAAUAUUUAAGCGAAUAUACUAUUGUUUAAACAUUAUAACCAUAGAAAUAAUUCAUCUAACGAUUAUUUAUUAUUUCUAAUAUGACGAUAAGUUGAAGUGUUACCAAAGUUACUAUAAUAAUAAUUGUAAAUUUAUCGAACGAAAAAUGAUAAAAUUCUGCAUUUUUUCUGUAGAAGGAUGAUAAACACUAAACGAAUCAUACUUCGACAUUUUUCCAUCUUCUCUGACGAUCAUGGAAACUAAAUGAAAUUGAAUUAAUUAAAUUUAUAUAUGUUUAUAAGUAACUACAACGUAAUAAAAUAACCGAUUAGUAAAUAUCAAAUUAUAAAAUAUUAUUAUACAAAAUGGUGUUAUACAUAGUAAACAAAAGUAUGAUUAGCAUUGCACAAUAUGAGUACUUCAAUGUCCAGUUAGAAACGAAAAAAAAACAUUUUGCAAAAGCACGGAAAUAUGCAGCCAUUCGCCCGGUAGUACUUGCGUUUUAUAAUUAUAUAUAUAUAUAAUUUAGUUACAGAUUUUAGAUAUAAUUUAGACAUAGAUUUCGAAAAAUCUUUUCUAUAGCAAGUACUACCGACCCAGGUCCCACCACGUGGAGGUAGCUGCAUUUGGGGACCCACGGACUAACGGGGACUCUACUCUAAAAUCCGCGAUCCGAGAUGCCUUUCCGCUUCGGGUGCUUCGGGCUUCUCAGCAAACUGGAGAUGUAUAAAACCCCGCUUACAGAUUGCUCCACUGUCCACACCGUCGGCUUCAGACAUCUCGAGACACGACCGGUCGUGUCUGUUUCGAUUUCACAAAUCAAAACGAAGUCCUCGGUAGGACUAAAUCUCGCGAUCGCGAACACCCAAGCGCGUGCCGGCCGUCACGCGCGUGAGUGUUUUCCCUAACAUUCGCGUACGGAAGCAAGGAGACAUACCCUCCCUGCAUAUAAUAAAUAUUACAUGCAGAGAGGUUCCUUUAACUUCCGUGUAAACGUCCCUCGUUGAUCCGUUCCACGGUCACCUAAUCUGAAACAGAAAAAGAAUAGAACAAGAAAAGAUAAACAUGUAAAAAUUACAUUUAAAAUUAUAUACAACAAGCCAUUGUAGACGAUAACAUCCCUGUAAAAAUAUAAUUUCACCAUGGUAGAUCUCUCGAUGAUCUAACCUGAAACAGAAAAAGGGUAAUGAAAAAUGAAAGAAACAUAUACAGAAAAGAAAACAAUAGAAUAUAUAUAACUGCUAGAAAAGAAUAAUGUAAUAGAAAUAUAUAUAAUCUAAAUAUUACAAUGAAUAGGAAUGCACAGAAUACAUACAAUUGUAUAAUAGAUGAAUAAAUGAAUUUUACGACGAUCGCACCCUCGAUGAUUCAUUUUUCGAACAUUUAACCAGAUACAGAAAAACGGUUAAAGAAGAAGAGAAGAAGAAAAGGAAAACAAGAGAAGCAGAGGUAAAGAAAAACAGAGCACUAACAGAUGCCGAGACGGCAGCCCGCUCAAUGGCCCACACCCGAGGGCCCCUCCCAAGGGUCCCACCCAAAAGAGACUAAAAUAAUUAAUCACAAAUAAUUGUUUCAAUUACUAUAUAGAUAUACGUUUCAAAAAAUAUAUAUAUAUUAAAUAGAAAA